AUGCGGGAAGCUGCACCGGCACCCCGAGGGCACCGCCAAGGUCCGUCCUGCCCGGCACCCACGGGAUGUCCCCGAACACCGAGCACCAGGAUCCCCCAGAACGCCAAGGAUCACCCCGCCCGUCCUGGACAAUCCUGGACAGUCCUGGACAAUCCUGGACAAUCCUGGACACUCCUGGACAAUGUUUUUUUCUCCUUGCAGUCCACAGAAGCUCUGGAAUUCAUGAAGAGGGACCUGGCUGAGUUCACCCAGGUGGUGCAGCACGACACCGCCUGCACCAUCGCCGCCACGGCCAGCGUGGUCAAGGACAAGCUGGCGAGUUUUAUUUCUAAGCCYUUUUUCAAGCUUCAGGGCCUUGUGCUGGCAGAGGAGUUGGGAGCUCRGUGUUUCCCUCUUCUUUUACCCCAAAAUCUUUCCAAUAAAAUUUCCCCAACUUUGUCCCAAACAGGCCCUGCUGAGCUGCUCCAGGCCUGGCUCGCUCGCUUCAACCUGGASGAGAAGAAAGGGGAGAUUGCAGAGCUGCUGGCAACCAGCCCUUCCAUCAGGGCUCUCUACACCAAAAUGGUCCCCGUGGCUGUUUCCCACUCGGAGUUCUGGCAGCGCUAUUUCUACAAAGUGCAUCGCCUGGAGCAGGAUGAAGCCCGGAGAGAGGCUCUGAAGCAGCGAGCAGAGCAGAGCAUGCACCAGGAGGAGCCGGGCUGGGAGGAGGAUGAAGAGGACUUCUUGGGGAUGUCCCCACUGCCUUGUGGAAACAUCACAUUUCCAGGAGCAGCCCAGAUGGAUCCCUCUGCAAACAUCACAAUUCCAGGAGCAGCAAAUGUCACAAUUCCAGGAGCAGCCCAGAACCAUCCCUCUGCAAACAUCACAAUUCCAGGAGCAGCCCAGAACGAUCCCUGUGCAAAGAUCACAAUUCCAGGAGCAGCUCAGAACAAUCUGUCUGCAAAUGUCAAAAUUCCAGGAGCAGCUCAGAACAAUCCCUGUGCAAACAUCACAAUUCCAGGAGCAGCUCAGAAAGAGGAAAAGCACCCCUCUGUUUCCUCUGAGCCCGUCCUGCUGGAGCAGAGCCCCUCAGAGAGCAGCGAGAGCGUGUCCUUUGUGACUCAGAUUGCAAAUCCUGUGCCUGCCACCCCUCUAGAGACUGCAGCAGCACCCACGGGCGCCGSGGAUCUCUGCCAGCGCCUGGUGGAGGCCACUCUGGAAGAGCAGAGCUCCGUGCCAAAACCCUCAGAGGCUGCUCAGCCUUCUUCAGCUGCUGAGGAAYCCUCAGCUGGAGCAGAGCUCCGAGAGCUGGAGAGCAAAGGGCAGGGCAGGACUGAGACUGUGAGAGAGGAGGGACCCACGGAUCUGAGAGUGUUCGAGCUCAAUUCGGACAGCGGCAAAUCCACCCCCUCCAACAACGGCAAGAAAGGCUCCAGCACGGACAUCAGCGAGGACUGGGAAAAGGAUUUUGAUUUGGACAUGACUGARGAGGAGGUGCAGCUGGCGCUSUCCAAGGUGGAAAUGUCCGGGGAGCUGGAAGAUGAAGAGUGGGAAGACUGGGAAUAAAGCAGCUGCCUGCAGCGAGCGUGGCAGGCUCAUUUCCACCAUCCAACGUGAAUUCAGUCCCGGAUUGAGCGGCCGUUCCUGUGUGUGUGACUGUGCUGGGGGUGCAAUUCCAGCCUGGAGGAGUUUCAAUUAUUUCCUGCUCAAACCCAUCUCCAGUGCCCCCUUGGGAUCCAGGAGGAGGAAACUUGGGAGAUCACACAGGAACCCGAUUUCUCCUAAAAAAAACGGCCGAGAGGCAAAACUGUGCCCGAAAAGGCAGAGCUGGGCACUCAGAGCCCGUGCCAGGCGUGCUGGGAGAUGCCAAUUUGCCMCUUUUGGUUCUUUCCUUGCCCGUGUGUGCACGUUUAACCUGCUGCUGAGAGGUUUCUGCGCCUGUUUUUGCGUUUUCCACCCCAAAAACGGUGCCCGGGGCGGGCUGGGAGCUGGAGGUGCUGCAGGAAAAGGAGCUCAACUUGUGGUUUUGCCCCUAAAAAAAGCCAAACCCCUGCCAAACCCUGAGCUUCUGCCUGGCUUUUUGUCUUGGAAGCUUUUUCUCACUGAAAUUCCCAUUUUUUUGGCAGUUCCUGGAAGGGCCGAGGCUUUGCUGCUCCCCCUCUGUAGCUGCGCUGGGUUUUUUUGUGUUUUUCUGGUUCAAUUCUCACCAAAAUUGAACAAAAUCUUUGUGGCUUGCUGUGAUUGAGCCCUGCUGGGCUGGCAGCAGAAUCCUCGUGGUGGUGGUGCCUGGUUUAACCCUCAGCUUGACCAASUGACCACUCAAUUCUGCCUUGGCCGUGCCCUCUGCCAGCCUGAGGAUCCCAAAUGUGACCUGAGAAUUUGUGUCCCCAUCUGAGCCCUGUCCCCACCGUGCCAGGCCCUGCUGAGCUCAUUUGGGUUCCUUCAUUUGGAUCCCACGGGCAUUUUUUGGGGCCAUUUCUUCAUCACGAUGGGAUUUUGCUCGUGCACGGAUUUCCCAAAGGGGCAGCGCUGUCCUUGGCCUUUGGGGUGACACUUUGGGGUGCUGGGUGCCACUUUGGGGUUCUGUAUGCCACUUUGGGGUGCUGGGAUGACACUUUGGGGUGUCCCUUUGGGAUGCCCCUUUCUGCCUUUGUCCCGCCCCUUCCAGGGACUGGGAUUUUCCUGCUGGGUUUGGGGUGCACUUGGCAAAAUUGGGGUUUUGGGGCUGGUUUUUCCUCUUUUGGGGUGAGUCCUGAGAGCAUCCCUGUCCUGCCAAACCCUGGGGAUUGGGUUCAGAUUGUGACAGGGGACACAAUGGGGACACCAGCUGAUCCCACAGCAGAGCUCGAAGGUGCAGCAUCUGUGUCACUUUUAUUUUAUUUUAUUUUUUUUUUUUCUUUAGUCGAAUUAACCGUUGGGUUGGUUGUGCAAUAUUCUCUGUUUUCUCGAACUAUUCCACAUCUCCCUGAGCCUUUUCUAGCUGGGGUGAGGAACCAGGAACAAUUCUAACAGCUGGUAGUUUUGUAACGAUGACUUUCUCCAAACCUUUUACAGACUUGCAGUUAACAGCGAUUAAAGGAAUUCUCAGAGUC